ACUUGGAACUCGUGCACCAUUUCAUUUGCUUAUCGGCGGCAGUUUGCGCAUUUUCAACAGCAUUUUCCUUUUUAUCUUCAAUUUUAAGAUCAGCACAUAUAAAAAACAAAGACAGCAUGCAUUCGCUUUGGAAGCUUCGAAAGAACGUGUGCAGAUCAGAUGCUGCUCAAAAACUGUCACAUAUGUGGCUUAGCCAGGGAGGCAAAGUCUAGAAAUCUAUGGUCACAAUUCUGCACACUAGUUAUUUUGGGAAACAUUUGAGUAGUCUUUUUUUUUUGAAAAAAAAAAACCAAGCGAAGGACCCCCCUUCUCUGUUUCGGGGGGCUCUGUUCGGCAUGUCAGUAUUAUUGUGGGAACGGAGCAAUGAUAGGAUGAGAGAUCAGAAUCGGGAUGAGAAUGAUGAUGGGACGAGAAAUGUAUGCGGGCCUAUGCUGUGGUCAUCCAAACUUGACCAUGGCUCCGGCAGGACAAGACUGGUUGGGAACGGAGCAGACUAUCUCAGUAGCCAAUCCUAUGGAUUCGUUCCCGAAGCUUUCGGCCACGCUGCGUUUCACACGAGCAGGCGUCAUAGAACUUCAGAUGGAUAUCAUCAGCAUAUUGUCGGUCGGUUCUUUGGAUUUGCUGAGUUGACGGAGAAUUUCCCUUCGCGGACAGGGAUCUCCUUUGAUGCUCGAACCGGACUGGUGAACCGCAAAGAAGUCGGUCGGGACAGUUGGUUUAUGGGUGGCAGUUUGUGUUAGCGCGCGGUAUACCCGCUGAUAGACUGGUUGGCAUUCGACGGAGUUCCACUGGGAUUUUUAAUCAAGAGCGUGGUUGCCUCAUCAAGUUGGAAUCAAGUUGUUCCUAUGCACC